AUGAUUCGUCUACACUUGUUAUGUUUGGUGGUGUUUGCGGGUGAGCACGCGUUUACGUUGUUGGCGGGAGGGUGUGCGGAGUCAUGUGACGCGGGGUUGGCGCCUGCCGAGUUUUCGGCGUGCAUCCACGCACUGCCGUGUCCGUACGCAGCACGAGACGUGUUUACGGCAGCAACGGCGAUGGAAUUGUGUAGCACAACAGCGGCGGCAGAUGAGAUCUUCGCCUUCAAGCCGGGACUGGAUUCGACUUGGGUUGCAGAUGAGUUCGCCGUGCAACUCACAGGUCCCGAAAACGGCAGUGCGGCAGCCUGUCUUGGCAGCUUCGACUUCGUCGGCUACGAACUCGUCGAAGGCGCAACCGAAGAAGACUUUAAAGCCGCCGUGUGUCAGAAUCAACGCCCCAAGACCACCGUGGCCACACCCACCCGCUGGACCGCACUUGGAGUCGCCGACACUCUUACCGUCCUCCUUUUCCCGCACGCCGACACCUACGUCACACUGGAAGGUGACGGCAGCAUGUGCACCGGCUUCUCCUACGCCGGCUUCGAGAUGCACUUCCUUGACACCAACAUACUCGACGCCACCGGCGUCGACGCUGCCGUGCUCGGACACACCCUCCUCGCCAUCGCAGUUGUCACACUCGCGCAAGUAUGA